AUGAUGCGCCCACCACCCGGCGAUCUCGUCAAAAUGCCACAGGGGCCGAACCCGCUCGAGUGGGCCAAUGCCCAGAAAAUGAAGGAAGACGACGGAACCGAGCCCAAAGGCCCAGGUGGUGCCCAUCCACAGCCCGGAGCUCAUCCCCAACCCGGACCCCCGCCACAAUGGGCCCCACCCGGCCCGCCGCAACAAAACAUCAACCCCUACGCCCCACCACCCCAAAUGCUCAACCCGCAAAAUGCCGGCCGACGCGCGAAUAUCGUCGAGCAAUUGGUUGGCCCCGUGACCGCGGCAAACCCGGCCCGAGUGAUGCCCGAUCGACGCCAAUUCUUCCAAAGGCUUGUCGACUUUUUAGAACAACACGGCGAGCCCAUCACUGCUGUCCCUCAGGUGUCCAAGCAAAAUGUCGAUCUCCACCGCCUGUACAUUGCCGUGAGGAAUCGAGGCGGCUUUGAGCAGGUCACAAAAGACAAGGCAUGGAAAUCGGUGUGCCCGGAGGCGAAUCCGGACAUAAGCGAGUCGUCAGCGGCUGGAUUUCAAUUACGGAAGCACUAUCAGAAGCAUUUGCUGCUGUUGGAAUGCGCGGAGACGGGAAAAAACGCCGAGGAUGCGAUCGCCUUUGCCGACAAAUUAAAGAAAAAGCGCCACAAGGCCGAGAAAGCCGAUGGAGCAGCCGCGGCCGCAGCAGCAGCAGCAGCUGCAGAUGCCCCAAGCACUUCCGGAACCCAGAACCAUAACAACUCGCUGACGCCGAGCCGCGUCGGGACCCCGGGCUCUGUGGGGUCGAUGGGAAUCGCCGUACCAUCUCCGGCGCCGCCCGAAUAUCAGCGCGUCCUGAAGCAGUUCAGCGCCAUUGCCCAAGAAAAAGUAUCAAUAUCGCUUCUGCUGGUUGUCGUCUCUGAA